UUCAAAAUGGCCGCACCCAUGUGUUGCGUGUUCUGAGUAGUAAGUGAACAAAAUACUGAACUGAAGAUGAGAGUGAAGUUACUCAGUAGAAAUCCAGAUGACUACCUGAGAGAGACAAAGAGGGAUAUACACCGCGUGCCUAGAAAUUAUGACCCCAGCCUUCACCCGUUUGAAACUGGACGUGAGUAUGUCCGAGCUGUGAACGCCACCAAGUUGGAGCGUGUGUUCGCCAAACCCUUCCUCGGGUCAUUAGACGGCCAUCGUGAUGGUGUGACCCGACUGUGCAAACAUCCAAGCAGCGUCUCCACACUUCUGUCUGGCUCCUGUGAUGGCGAGGUCCGGGUGUGGAAUCUGGCCAAACGUGACUGUGCGACCACCAUUCAAGCACACGAGGGCUUCGUCCACGGACUCGACUGUCAUCACUCACAGCCUUACUUCUUUACAUGCGGGGCAGACAGCACCAUCAAGCAGUGGCAGAUGACGGCGGAAGGGGGAGUAGAAGAGGAGCCCUUAAACAUCAUCCUGGGGAAGACAAUGUUCCAAUGCCUGGACCACCACUGGUCAGAAAAUAUCUUCGCAACAAGCGGAGAUCAAGUUGACAUAUGGGAUGAGACAAGAUCAAAACCAAUCCGAACAUUCAACUGGGGCAUCGAUAGCAUCAAGCAUGUCAAGUUUAACCCAGUAGAGACACACCUGCUUGGGGCUACUGGCAUGGACCGCAGUGUGUUGCUGUACGACAUGAGAGGAUCUUCUCCUCUCAGGAAGGUGAUCCUCAAGAUGUGUUCAAAUGCCAUCGCCUGGAACCCCAUGGAGGCCUUUACCUUCACAGUGGCCAACGAAGACUACAACCUGUACACAUUUGACAUGAGGAAACUUUCCAUGCCACUGAACUUCCACAUGGAUCACAUCUCAGCCGUGAUGGACGUGGAUUACUCACCUACUGGACGGGAGUUCGUGUCAGCCGGCUAUGACAAGUGUGUCAGAAUAUUUCCUGUUGACCAGCGACACAGCAGGGAGAUUUACCAUGCCAAGCGGAUGCAGCGCGUCAGUGUGGUGCGGUGGUCACUGGACAAUAAGUACAUUCUGUCCGCCUCCGAUGAGAUGAACAUCAGAGUUUGGAAGGCAAAUGCCUCUGAGAAACUGGGAGUGCUAAAACCAAGGGAGAAAACAGCAUUCAACUACAAUGAGAAACUAAAGGAAAAGUUUGGACACCACCCCCAAGUCCGGCGAAUCUCACGGCAUCGUCAUGUACCCCAAUUUGUCUACAAUGGCGCCAAAGAAAUCAAACUGAUCCGAGCUUCACACAGGCGAAAGGAGAGCAACCGCCAAGCACACAGUAAGCCAGGGGCCAUCCCGGAGGUCAAGGAGAAAGAGAAGCAUGUGGUGGGGGAGGUGGAGUGAGGGGCCGUAUCAACAGUGAUAAUGUCAAUAACAUUGGACUAAUCCUGAGCAAUCUGUGGUGAUCAAGUCUGAAGCAUUGGAAGCUGCUAUGCCUCAAUGAGACUGACAUGUUGUAAAUAGUAUAUUCCCACAUAGGUAGGUGAAAAGAUGAUACCCAUGCCAAACCAACCGUAGGUGGAGGUAUGCACCAUCUAGUACUCGAGAUGUUGUGGAUGUAUGAGGUGGACAGGAAGCGUGUGACAGAAACCAAGGCUGUCGUGUUGGAAGAACAUCCUCCUCAGAGCACAGCAGACAUGGUUGUUGGAUGUAUCCUGGUGUCACCACUCUAGCUGGCAGCCAUGGUUGUUGGAUGUGUCAUGGUGUCACCACUCUAGCUGGCAGACAUUGUUGUUGGAUGUGUCAUGGUGGCACCACUCUAGCUGGCAGCCAUGGUUGUUGGAUGUGUCAUGGUGUCACCACUCUAGCUGGCAGCCAUGGUUGUUGGAUGUGUCAUGGUGUCACCACUCUAGCUGGCAGCCAUGGUUGUUGGAUGUGUCAUGGUGGCACCACUCUAGCUGGCAGACAUUGUUGUUGGAUGUGUCAUGGUGGCACCACUCUAGCUGGCAGCCAUGGUUGUUGGAUGUGUCAUGGUGUCACCACUCUAGCUGGCAGCCAUGGUUGUUGGAUGUGUCAUGGUGUCACCUCUCUAGCUGGCAGACAUGGUUGUUGGAUGUGUCAUGGUGUCACCAAUCUAACUGGCAGACAUUGUUGUUGGAUGUGUCAUGGUGUCACCACUCUAGCUGGCAGACAUUGUUGUUGGAUGUGUCAUGGUGUCACCACUCUAUGGCUGGCCUUAAAGGGUUUUUUUUAUGUGGGCAGGGGAACCACUCUACAGCUGGUUAUCAUGGCUGUUGGAUAUGGCCCAGGGGAACCACUCUAUAGCUGGUAGUCGUGGUUGUUGGAUGUGUCAUGGUGGCACCACUCUAUAGCUGGUAGUCGUGGCUGUUGGACGUGUCAUGGUGGUACCACACUCUCUAACUUCCAGAUGUGUCAUGGUGGACAUAUUUAUAGCAUCAAACCUAUCAGUACAAGAAGCAUGUGUCCUGACAUGCACAUUGUUCCCUUGAACACCACUAAAAUAAAAAAAAAAAAUUAUUUGUGAAAGUG